UAACAGAGUUGGUAAUAUUUGGUUUGGAUUUGUUUCGGUGCGGUGGUGGUCAAAAGAUUUAAAUUCUAUAAUAUUCCUGCGAUUCCUUAGUUAUUUGGGUUUGGAAUGUAAACGAACGAUGUUUCAUGGGACUCAUGGGAUGGGUGCAAGGUGGUAGGAAUACAGCGUGAGUCUGUAGAGUUUAGUGUAAAAGAGGAGAAAGAACUCAAGACCUCUCAAAUAUGGGUUUUGAAAAUGUGUGUAUAGCUUGCUUGGCUACUGAUGUGAAGAUGUACAAUUUAAAUAAAUUAUUCCAUAAUGUUUACUCAAAUCUGACUGGUAUUACGAGCAUUGAUGAUUCAAAUUACAUCUGUUUUGAAUGUACACACAUGCUUUUAAAAAUUGAUCAAUUUCGAUCUCAAUGUCUCAGAGCUAAUGAAACUCUCGCAAGGACAGAGCAUGCACAGGACAGGACCACCUGGCACCAUGAACCCAGGUUGAAGCUGACAGAAACCAAAGUUUUGUAUUUCGGACCUGAUCAAAUUGUGUUGUCAGACACUGAUGCUGAUGAUAAUGAUGUUAAAGAAGCUAAACCAUUUCAUUCAGGUUUUAUACAUGCUAUAAAAUCUGAUACUGAUGCCCAAGUUCACACUUAUGAUACAGUUCUGAAGUCAGAAAGAAAUAAUAUACAUGUAAAUCCAUUAAACAUAAAACAAAAUGUUGUCUUUAUUGAACCAGCCAUUAGAGAAAUGAAAGUAGAAUUUGAAAGUGAUUUCAACCAUUCAGAGUUUGUUGAUAGAUUUGCGUGUGAUAUCAAAACUCAAGACACAAUAAAUAUUGAAGAUAAAAUUAAAUUGAAAUCUGUCAAGAAGGAGGGUAAAUCCAAACCAGCAAGGAAAAGACAAAUAAAAGGGUCUCAGAAAAAUAAUUUGAAUAAAGAGACUUUGGAUAGAAAUAAGCAAAUACGUGAAAUUAUGACCAUUGCUGUACAGAGCCCAGAAGAUGCCAAAAAAGAAAUUGAGAUGAGAAGGCAGUCUCAUAAAUAUGAAACAUCUACUUUUAAGUGUAACCUUUGUUUUAAAGUAUUCAACCAUCAGAGGACACUUAGCAAUCAUAUGAAGAAACAUAAUAAUGAUUUCGUACAUGAAUGUGACUAUUGUAAUAUCAAAGCGAAGACCCGAAUAAUGCUGAAGGAACAUAUAAUACGCACUCACAUGUACAAGUUCACAUGCAAGAGAUGUCCGUAUGUUUGUUCUGCAAGAGUUCAAGCAAUGUCUCACAUCAGGCAACACACAGGAGACAUAAGUGUGUGUAAAAUAUGUGGCAAAACAUUUAAACACGCUCACACUCUGGCAAUCCACAUGCGCGCCAGUCACAUCUCUGAGCUGAGUGAGGUCGUGUGUGAAAUGUGCGGAGAUAUAUUCAUAUCUAAAAAUGGGCUGAAUGGACACAUACGCUUAUCGCAUUCAGGCGAGAGCCUGCCCCGGUCGGGCCCGGCGUGCGCCCCGUGCGGCGCGCGCUUCUGCAGCGACGCCGCCUACCGGAGGCAUCUCGUGCUGUCCACCAAGCACCACGUCAGCAACGGUUGUUCCCGAUGCGGCGACACGUUCCCGGACGAAGAGGCUCUGAGGCGGCACGUGCGGGAGGCGCACCCCGAGACCACACGGAAAGGACGACUGUCGGAUCUGCGCAUGCCUGACUGCAAUGGCUGUGCUCAAUGCGGCGAGACGUUUAUAGAUGAAGUAGCUCUGAAGAGGCACUUUAGAGAAGUUCAUCCUGAUUCUAGCCAACAACGGCGAAGCUUAUCACAUCUCAACAUGCCUACUGAGUGGCCCGCGCCUUGCCCUGAGUGUUCAGUGAUACUAAACAGUCGCAAGGAAUACAGGCAGCACAUACUAGCAGUGCACCCCAACAGCGCUAGAGCGAGGAGAAUACGACACAAUGACAAGAAAACGGCAGCGAAAAAUCAUGUGUGUGAAGUGUGCGGCUUAGGAUUUACGGCCGCAUGUUACCUCUCCUACCACAUGUGCACGCACACGGGCGUCCGGCCGCACGCCUGCGACCACUGCUCACAGUCCUUCGCGUCGCCGGCCGAGCUGAAACUGCACCAGAGAGUGCACCAGCCGCGGCAGGUGUGCGCUGACUGCGGGAAUACAUUUGCGGAUGUGUAUUCGUUGAGGAAGCAUAGACGGGUGGUCCACCUAAAGAUCCUCCCACACAACUGCUCCCAAUGUGACAAGAAGUUCCACGACCGCUGCGCGCUGAAGUACCACAUGAGACACGUGCACGAGAAGGUGCCGUGGCCCACCAUCAACAGGAAGACUCGGCGCCCGCGGAAAGACGACGGCAAGAGACCUAGGAGGGAGUACCACGAUAGUGGAGACAGUGACACUAAUUAAUAUGUUUAUACUUGUCCAGUGGAUAACUUGGCUGGAUGCGAUCUAUCUAUCUAUCAUGGCGAGC